CUAAUCGAUAAUCUUUCUUUACAAGGCCACUACUAAACGCACAACACACGACUAAAGGGUGCAAGCCUAGCGCCUGAUUGCGAAAUACCUCCGAGUGUGUGUGAAAGAGAGAGAGCGAUUUGCUUCUCCCCCUAUAGUCCAUCAGCUGUGACGACAACGACAACGCUUGCAUAAUGAAAAUCUGGACGUCGGAGCACAUAUUCAACCAUCCGUGGGAGACAGUCACACAGGCUGCAUGGCGUAAAUAUCCUAAUCCCAUGACACCAUCCAUCAUUGGCACAGAUGUGGUGGAGCGUCAAGUAGUCAAUGGAGUCCUACACACACAUCGUUUGGUCCAGUCCAAAUGGUAUUUUCCCAAAUGGACACACGCGUUAAUUGGCACAGCGAAAACUUGUUUCGCCAGUGAACGCUCCACCGUUGAUCCGGAACGUAAGCAAAUGGUUUUGAAGACAAACAAUCUCACAUUCUGCCGGAAUAUCAGUGUCGAUGAGGUUCUCUAUUACGAGCCACAUCCAGCUGAUGCCAGUAAAACGCUGCUCAAACAGGAGGCCACUGUCACUGUUUAUGGUGUGCCGCUGUCUCACUACAUGGAAGAUUUGCUCACCUCCACCAUUUCAUCAAAUGCGGGCAAAGGUCGUCAAGGCCUCGAAUGGGUUAUUGGCAUGAUAAACACAGAGGUUAAGGGCAUUGCUGAAACAGCGGUCCGAGGCACAGAUGAACUGAUACACACCACAAGGCGAUCUAUUGAUGAGGUCACAGAAAGUGCGCGCAAAAGUAUGGACGAGAUUAGUGUGCAGGCAUCGAAAGCGGCAAAAGCAAUGCACAUUACAUAGAGAAGAUUGUAGCAUACAUAAACAACUCAUAGAGAGGACGCCGCCAAAUUAUGCUGUUUUGUAGUACAACCAGCGGCAGCCACAAUUCAAUUUUUUCUUUUGUUAACUAAACAAAUUUCCUCUGAAUAUAUAUUUUAAACGGAAUAACAAAAGAAAUUAAGUUUUCCUAUGAAUUUUAUUCAUGAAAAGCUUGCGACCGUUUUUGGCUUUUGAUAAGAUUUGCGGCUGCCGAUAAAACGCAAUAGUAGUGGAAAACUUAAGUUAUUUAAAAAUAUAUAUAUAUAUAUACAUAUAUUAAUCAAGAACAUAGUCAAUAAAAUAGUCUUUGUAAAAUGCCACGAAACGAGAAGCCGAAAGAAAUAAGAAAAAAAAUCAAUUAAAUUACCAUCAAAACACAAA